CAGUUUUAACCUGCUCUUCUGCUAAAGCUCCUCUCCCUCAGACAGACAAACCCUUGAGCAGAGCCCGUACGACUUGUCCCGAAGUCAGCAUUCAAGGAUUCUGUCACAAUGUUGGGGGUGCCCCAAAGAAACAGAAACUUUCAGGUUCUUUCAACUCCUUAGUUUUACUAGUUGCAUUUGAGAAAACAGCUUUUCCAUCCCUACUUUUUUUACUGUUAAACCUUAGGUUUGAAACAAACGGGAUACAUGCUCGUGCAGACCUGGAUUUCUCCUUCUUCUCUGCUGUAUGUGCUAGCACGGCAAAGUAAAACGGCUCAAACAGCCUCCACAGGCUGAUAUCUUCACUUAUUCUUGAAGUAGCAAAGCUGGAGCUUGUUUUUCAAAUACGUGUUGUGCAUUGAUGGGUAGAUGAGGGAAUGUAAAGCACCUUUACACAAUUAACAUCCUUCAGUGUGGGGUUAUUUUCCCGUUCUAUGCAGUAACGGUUGUAAAUGCCAUUCUGCGCAGUUAAAUCUUCUUUUUCUUGCUUAGCACUAGCACUGCAGUUAACCAUCGAUUCCAGCAAGACAGCUAUUCCUCCUAAGGAAUUACAAGAAAAAAUGCUGAGAAGUCUGAAAGGACUUGUCUACCAUCCCCUAAAGCUGGACCAUGGGUAUGCCCUCCAUAUGGCAGCCAAGGAUUGCUUGAGUUCCGUUGUCAGCCAGGAUGCCACAAUUGUUACUGUCAGACAGCAAGUGCCUAAAUUCCAUCAGUCUGUCUGUGGACGCCUUUUGUGUCCAGAAAACCGGUAUCAGACUUCCUUGAGUGUUACAGUUUGCAUUUUACCUUCCCAGGCCAACCACGCAGAGCACCACGAGGGUCGCCACUAUAGCAUCCCGCUCGAGGAGGUGAAAGCUGUGUUUCCACAUGGACUGCCCUAUCGCUUCCAGCAGCAGAUCAAAACCUUCAAUGAAGCCUGCCUGAUGGUGCGAAAACCAGCUCUAGAACUUUUUGCUUACCUGAAAAGCUCCAACUUUGCACACCCAGUUGUCAGAUACGUGAUCUAUGGUGAAAAAGGAACGGGGAAAACCAUGACACUGUGUCACGUGGUUCACUACUGUGCACGGCAAGGCUGGCUGGUGCUGCACAUCCCAGAUGCUCAUCUCUGGGUGAAAAACUGCAGGGAGCUUAUGCAGUCUUCCUACAACAAAGAACGGCUUGAUCAGCCUUUGCAAGCAUCUUCCUGGCUCAAGAACUUCAAAACCUCAAAUGAGCACUUCCUAAAAGAGAUAAAAACACAAAAAAAAUACGUGUGGGGCAAACGGGAAAGCACGGAGGAGGGCAGACCAUUGGGUGAAGUGGUGGAGCAGGGUUUAGCUCGUGUGAGAAAUGCCAGUGAUGCUGUAGGGGUUGUGCUGAAAGAGAUAAAGCAGCAGUGUCACCUCGGCUCAUUCCGACUUCUUGUGGCAGUGGACGGCGUCAACGCACUCUGGGGAAGGACGACGCUAAAGAAGGAAGACAAAAGUCCCGUUUCUCCUGAGGAGCUGACGCUGGUGUACAACCUAAGGAAGAUGAUGAUGAACGAUUGGAGCGGAGGGGCCGUCGUCACCACCCUCAGCCAGACCGGCUCGCUCUUCGCUCCAGCGGCCCAGGGCCUCAGCGCUGCCUCGCCUUCCCAGGAGGGCUUUGAUGCGCUGGACCCCUUCGUCCCGGUCCCGGUCCCCAACUACAGCCCGCGGGAGUUUGAGAGCUGCUACCGGUACUACCUCGACCGCAAGUGGCUGCAGCACGAGAAAGGUCGGUCGGGUCCCGCCUGGGGAGUGCGCAGCGCGGCACCGGCCGGCGUGAAGAAGCGUCCUCGGCCUCGCCGGGCCAAGCUGCAGCCUCCGCUCAAGGUGCGUGCGUGUUUUCCGCGCGCGUUUUUGUCCGCCCUGCGCUGUCCCGGUGGCUUUGGUUUCCUUGCUGGGAUCGAGGGGUGCUGCGGAACAAGCCCGGUGACAGCGGGUGAUGCUGGGCAACUCGUCAGUGGAGGAGCAUGA